ACGGUUCUGACAGGCGGCAGAGGCAUCGCACCGCACUGCACAACGUUUGCAGUCAGCUGUUAGCUGCCAUCGCGAAUUUAUUUUUGACAUUACUGACAGAUCGAAGCAGUUAUAUCUCGUUCACGUUCAUCGUUGCAGAAGAGAUACAUCACCGCUCAAAUAUGAUGGACUCUAGCAAGCUUAUUCCUUUUUAUUAUUCCAUGAGCGGGAACAGAGAGGAAGACGAGAAAUUAUUGGAACCAAUCAGGUAUAUUCUUCAAGUUCCCGGAAAACAAAUAAGAGCAAAAUUAGCAAAAGCUUUUAAUUACUGGCUAAAGAUAUCAGAUGAUAAAGUCCAAGAAAUCGAUGAUAUAAUAAAUAUGCUUCACAAUUCGAGCAUCCUGAUUGAUGAUAUUCAAGAUAAUUCCACUAUGCGAAGAGGUAUUCCUGUUGCACAUUCAGUUCAUGGAAUUGCUAACUCAAUUAAUGCUGCAUGUUAUAUAAUAGCCAUAAGAGUUACUAAUUUAAAACAUCCAGCGGCAACGCAAGUAUAUAUGGAGCAACUAUUAGAGCUUCAUAGAGGUCAAGGAAUGGAUAUUUUUUGGAGAGAUAAUUUCAUCUGUCCAACUGAGGAAGAGUACAAGACUAUGAUAAUAAGAAAAAUUCGUGGGUUCUUCAAUUUAGUGGCAAGAUUAAUGAAACUGUUCUCAACUUAUGAAGAAGAUCUUUCGUCAUUAAUAGCUACUUUAGGAUUAUAUUUUCAAAUACGCCACGAUUAUUGUAACUUGUGCCUCGAUGAGUACGCUAAGAAUGAAAGUUAUUGUGAAGAUUUGACUAAAGGAAAAUUCAGCUUUCCGAUUAUUCAUGCCCUUAGAAGCAAUCCUGAAGAUAAACAAAUAAUAAAUAUUUUACGACAACGAACAAAGGAUAUCGAAGUGAAACGUUAUUGCGUUAAAUUAUUAGAGAAAUUUGGUUCCUUUGAAUACACAAGAAAUGUACUUGAAGAAUUGGAUUCGACUGCGAGGGCUGAAAUUGAACGAUUAGGUGGUAACCCGCUUCUGGUGAGGAUUCUAGACGAGCUUAAGAAUUGGGAUACUCAAGAUGCGCCUAAGGAUCCUUUAACUGGAACGUUUUAAAUUUAAAAUUAUUUAUUUGUUGUAAAACGGCAAAAAAAGCAUUACACAG